CCAAAUGUCGCCAUCGAUCAAUGACAUUUUGUGAAGUUGAAUUUAUUGAUAUAAAGCGUUAAUGUAAAUAAUAAACAAUUUUAUCAUAAAAGUCGGCUUCCAGUCGAUAUGUAUGCCAAGGGCAAAGGCUCUACGGUGCCUUCGGACGCUCAGGCUCGUGAAAAGUUGGCGCUGUAUGUGUAUGAGUACCUGCUUCAUGUCGGCGCCACCAAAGCCGCACAGACGUUCCUCUCAGAAAUCCGAUGGGAGAAGAAUAUAACGCUCGGGGAGCCGCCAGGGUUCCUACAUUCGUGGUGGUGUGUAUUUUGGGACCUGUACUGUGCGGCUCCCGAGCGUAGAGAUACGUGCGAACACUCAUCAGAAGCUAAAGCAUUUCACGACUACGGCUUUGUCAAUUCUGGCUAUGGAGUCAACGGAAUCGGUCACAACGCAGGCCCUGCGCCUCCGAACGACGGCAUGGGCGGCGGCGGAAUGCCGCCCGGUUUCUUCCCGAACUCGCCGCUGCGGCCGUCGCCGCCGGCGCCGCAUCCGGGCUCGCAGCCGUCGCCGCACGGGCCGCAGCCGCAGCUCAUGGGCACCGGCCAGCCGUUCAUAGGCCCGUGGUACUCCGGCGGCGGCCCGAGGGGCGCGGUCCGGAUGGGAAUGGGCAACGAUUUUAACGGACCUCCAGGUCAAGGCAUGAUGGGCAACUCGAUGGAGCGCGGCGGCGGCGCCGGCUCCGCGGGGCUGCUGGGCGGGCCGCGCAUGACGCCGCCGCGCCCCGGCAUCGGGCCCAUGAGCCCCGGCGCCUACGCCGCGGGCAUGCGCGGCCCUCCGCCGCAGGGACCAGGUAUGCCACCGAUGGGAAUGGGACCCCGCGGCGCGUGGGCCGGCGGCAGCGGCGCCGGCGGGGGCGGAGGCUCCGCGCCCCUCAACUACAGCGGGGGCUCCCCAGGCGCGUACGGGGCCCCGCCCGGCAGUAACGGGCCCCCCGGUCCGCCCACACCGAUCAUGCCGAGCCCGCAAGACUCUUCGAACUCUGGCGGCGACAACAUGUACACGCUGAUGAAGCCGGUGGGCGCGGGCGCGCUCGGCGCCGAGUUCCCGCUCGCCGGCGAACACGGCCCGCAGCCGCCGCAUCUGCCUCAGCCGCCGGCCAGUGAAGCUCUAAAACUUCCCCCAGGAUUAGGAGGUGUGGACGGCAUGAAGUCUUCCCCGGGCGGCGUGGGGGGCGGAGGCCCCGGGACUCCCAGGGAAGACUCCGGAUCAGGAAUGGGUGACUACAACAGUUUAAGUUUCGGCGGCCCAGGCGGAGAUCAAAACGACCAGACCGAGUCGGCGGCCAUCUUGAAAAUCAAAGAGAGCAUGCAAGAGGAGGCGAAACGAUUCGAGAAAGACCCAGACCAUCCGGACUACUUCAUGCAGUGAAUCGCCCGAUGGUCGGCCGCCAGCUCGCCAAGAAAAUGAUACCAAUUUUUUUCGGUAUCAUUUUUGUUGCCGAAAAAAUUGGUACCAAUUUUUUUCGGUAUCGAAAUUCGUCUAAAGUAUUUUGGUGAUCUCAAAAUUUGUUUUUGGCGGGUUGGCGCCGCCUCGCGUUAUGUUUUCCAACGAUCUGAAGAGGAUUUAUUUUAAACUUUUUUUUGUAAUAGAAAUUCUUUGACUUUUUUCGCACGUUAUUUAUUGUUUAGAGACACUUAUAGUUUUCGCGCAUUCUUCCUCUGGUGUGUUUGUGACUCUUUGGACAGUUUAAAAAGCUUAUUUUCGAAAUUAUGUGCCAAUCAAAUUGAAGUUCCUUUAAUUCAUAUGU